AUGGCUGAUGAAUCCGUGUUCAUCGGACCCUCUCCCUCCUCGGAAUCGUACCUCUGUGGUGACAAAAUCAUUGACGCCUGUCGAGUCACUGGUGCUGACGCUGUUCAUCCAGGCUAUGGCUUCUUGUCUGAGAAUACAGACUUUGCUAGGGCCUGUACAGACGCUGGCAUUAACUUCAUUGGUCCACAACCAGAAUCGAUCCUUGCUAUUGGAGAUAAGAUCGCAUCCAAGAACCUACUUGCCGCCAAGGAGCCCUCAAUUCCAUUGAUUCCGGGCUAUAAUGGUGACGAUCAAAGUAUUGAUAACCUGAUUCAACAAGCAAUCAGGAUCGAUUUUCCUGUACUUCUGAAGGCCUCGGCCGGUGGAGGAGGAAAGGGCAUGCGUAUUGUGCGUGAAGCCUCAGCUCUGAAAGAUGAGAUUGAAAUGGCCAAGUCUGAAGCACUGCGAUCCUUUGGAAGCGACAAUUUACUUAUUGAGAAAUACUUCUCAAAUGCUCGCCAUAUCGAGAUUCAAAUUAUGGGUGAUAAACAUGGCAACGUCUACCAUUGCUUUGAACGCGAGUGUAGUAUUCAGCGGAGACAUCAAAAAGUCAUUGAAGAGACACCUUCUCCAAUGAUGGAUGAGAAACUCCGAAAUGAUAUGACUUCAGCCGCCAUCAAGAUCGGAAAGCUCCUCCGAUAUGAAGGAGCAGGAACUAUUGAGUUUAUUGUUGAUGACGCUACCCGUAAAUUUUAUUUUCUAGAGAUGAACACCCGUCUUCAAGUAGAGCACCCUGUCACUGAGAUGGUGACUGGACUUGACUUAGUCGAGCUUCAGAUCCUUGUCGCCCAAGGCUUUGAUCUCUCCCAGACUCAGCUCCCUAACUUGCAGUUGAAUGGCCAUUCUAUUGAAUGCCGACUUUACGCUGAGGACCCUGAAAAUGACUUUUUGCCUUGCACAGGCAAGAUCCGUCGCUGGAAGCAAUGCACUGCCGACAAUGUUCGCUACGAUAGCGGUAUUGAAACUGGUUCUGAGAUCAGCAUUUUUUACGAUCCCAUGAUUUCCAAGAUUUCUGUCUGGGCUCCUACUCGCGAUCAAGCUAUCCAAAAGAUGGCAUUAGCCAUGCGCGAAACGGUAGCGCUUGGUCUGACUACGAACCGUAAAUUUUUGAUUCAAGUGCUUCAACACCCACGAUUUCAGGCAGGUAGACUCUCGACCAGAUUCAUUGAUGAGGAGGCAAUCCACAAACAAAAUGCAGCUCCUCAUCCUGAUGAGGAUCGUCUUGCGAUUGUCCCCAUGCUAUGGGGUUGGUAUUUGCGCGAGCAAGCCCGUACGGAGCUCAAAUACAUCCCAAGUGGAUGGAGGUAUGUCAAGCAUAAGAAGCAACAGGACGGUUAUGUGGGCGAAAACGCAGAGCGGACGAUUGAGCUUCAAUAUGAACACUUGGUCAAGCCUGGAGGAUGGGUCCCUCCAAACCAGAAGUUGGCAGAGAAGAAGUUUGAUGUCCUUUACCGAGCUGUUGUUGCUGGUCAAGAGCCCGGCGAAUGGCGCACAGCCAAGGUUGGCUUAGGGAAGGUACUCGUUGAGGAAGAUGAUCUUGGAGAGCGUAGUGGUGUCCUGCGCUGCACCAUCGAUGGGGUAACUCGCGACUAUAACAUCGCCAAUGGCUCAAUUGAAUUUAAUAACACUGAGAUCUAUGUGCAUACAAAAGAUUUUGGAGGCAAGCAGAUCCUGUUUGUGCGUAAGGACAAGCUCAAGAGUACGGCAGAGGGCGAGGAUGAUGUGCAUUCACCAUACACAGCCCCAAUGCCUUGCAAGAUUCUUAAAAUCCUAAUUCCUUCCGGAACAGUAGUUAAGAAAAAUCAAGCAAUUCUGACAAUGGAGUCGAUGAAGACAGAGGUGCGCCUGUAUGCACGCCACGAUGGCACCCUCAAACUAAAUGUUGGAGAAGGCGACAUGAUUGAGGCAGGCACAACUCUUUGCGAUAUUCAAUAA